AUGGCCACCUGCAGCCGCCAGUUCACCUCCUCUAGCUCCAUGAAGGGCUCCUGUGGCAUCGGUGGCGGCUCUAGCCGCAUCUCCUCCGUCCUGACUGGAGGAUCCUGCCGGGCUCCCAGCACCUAUGGGGGCAUGUCAGUCACCUCCUCUCGAUUCUCCUCUGGGGGAGCCUGUGGCAUUGGGGGCGGCUAUGGUGGGGGCUUCAGCAGCAGCAGCAGCAGCUUUGGGGCAGGCCUCGGUGCUGGUUUUGGUGGUGGUUUUGGUGGUGGAUAUAUGGGUGGCUUCGGUGCUACUUUGGGUGCUGGCGUCGGUGAGGGGCUCCUGGCGGGCAGCGAGAAAGUGACCAUGCAGAACCUCAAUGACCGGCUGGCCACCUACCUGGACAAGGUGCGUGCCCUGGAGGAGGCCAACACUGACCUGGAGGUGAAGAUCCGGGACUGGUACCAGAGACAGCGGCCUGCUGAGAUCAAAGACUACAGCCCCUACUUCAAGACCAUUGAGGAACUGAAGAGCAAGAUCCUGGCAGCCACAGUGGACAAUGCCAACGUCCUCCUGCAGAUUGACAAUGCCCGUCUGGCUGCUGAUGACUUCCGCACCAAGUACGAGACGGAGCUGAACAUGCGCAUGAGCGUGGAGGCCGACAUCAACGGCCUGCGCCGGGUGCUGGAUGAGCUGACCCUGGCCAGAGCCGACCUGGAGAUGCAGAUCGAGAGCCUCAAGGAGGAGCUGGCCUACCUGAAGAAGAACCACGAGGAGGAGAUGGCCUCCAUGAGAGGCCAGGUGGGCGGGGACGUCAAUGUGGAGAUGGACGCGGCACCCGGUGUGGACCUGAGCCGCAUCCUGAACGAGAUGCGCGAUCAGUAUGAGAAGAUAGCCGAGAAGAACCGCAAGGAGGCCGAGGAGUGGUUCUUCAGCAAGACCGAGGAGCUGAACCGCGAGGUGGCCACCAACAGUGAGCUGGUGCAGAGUGGCAAGAGCGAGAUCUCCGAGCUCCGACGCACCAUGCAGAACCUGGAGAUCGAGCUGCAGUCCCAGCUGAGCAUGAAAGCAUCCCUGGAGAACAACCUGGAGGAGACCAAAGGCCGCUACUGCAUGCAGCUGGCCCAGAUCCAGGAGAUGAUUGGCAGCGUGGAGGAGCAGCUGGCUCAGCUGCGCUGUGAGAUGGAGCAGCAGAAUCAGGAGUACAAGAUCCUGCUGGACGUGAAGACCCGGCUGGAGCAGGAGAUUGCCACCUACCGCCGCCUGCUGGAGGGCGAGGACGCCCACCUCUCAUCCGCCCAGUUCUCCUCAUCCUCUCAGUUCUCCUCCGGCUCCCAGUCAUCCAGAGAUGUGACCUCCACCAACCGCCAAAUCCGCACCAAGGUCAUGGAUGUGCACGAUGGCAAGGUGGUCUCCACCCACGAGCAGGUCCUGCGCACUAAGAACUAAGGCUGCUACGCACUGCGCAGGCCUAGGAGGCUCCUG